UUUCGGCAUGAGAUAAUCAUCCGACGGCGAAUUCGGAAGGGUGCAUAUUUCUCAUUUCGGACGGAGAGUCGUUCCUUCGUUCUAACAGAUGGCGUCAUCUGCAAAAGAUUUACCUUACGGUGCUGAAUAUGCUAAAAGUAAUCGUGCUAGUUGCAAAGGAUGUCACGGUUUAAUUUCGCAAGAUUCGCUUCGUAUGUCUUUACGGAAACCAAGUCAUUUUUUUGAUGGCCUACAAGACAACUGGUUCCAUUUUACUUGUUUCUGGAAAAAAGUAAAGCCAGAUGAUGUAAGCGAAGCCUCUAUACGUGGUAUGGAGCUUCUAAAGUGGAGUGAUCAAGAACAAAUUCGUAAAAAAAUAAACGAAAAUCAAGCUGGAACAUCUAAUGUAAGAGAGAUCUCUGUUAUGCUUAUCUCUGAAUAUGCUGUAACUGGCCGUAGCAAAUGUUUGAAUUGCAAAGGAAACAUCAAGAAGAAUACUCUCAGACUUGGGAUGAAAUCGGCAUGGUAUCACGUAAACUGUUUUGAGAAAAUAGAGCCGUAUACCAGCUGUGCUGAAAAAAUUGUUGGUUUCCAAAAUUUGUCAAAAUCUGACCAAGAUAUCUUGAAAACGAUGUUUAAUAAGCAAGCAGAGACCAGUAUAAAGAGAAAGUUGACAAAAAUCAACGACAAUGUAGCCAAAAAGGCAAAGAUCGAACAAAUCGAUACAGAGGAGAAGAUGGGACGUCUUAAGGCACAAGCAGACGAAAUGUGGUCAGUGAGGAAAAAAUUAUCAAAAUGUCUGAAUAAAAACGAUAUUCAGAUUUUGUUACAAGCCAAUAACCAGGCACUUCCUAAACACGGUGGGGAAACGAAGCUGCUUGAUCGUCUUGUUGAUUGUAUAGUUUUUGGCUGUCCGCUCCCUUGUAAGCAGUGUAAAGAAGGUAACAUUGUUUACAGCUCAUCACAAAAAAGUUAUGUUUGUACCGGUUAUCUUUCCGAAUAUACACGGUGUAUGUAUACAUGUCGCAACCCGCCUCGGAAACCGUUUGUUGUUCCUGAUGGGAUGAAAAGAAGUAUUUGUGAAUUUAAGAAUUUUAAAGCCAAGGAUCCGAAAAACAGGGAAUAUAGUGCUCUAGAAUAUGAAAAACCAACUAAAUCAAAGUCGCUGAAAGUACUGGGUCAGAGGGUUGGUGAAAUGAGCAGAAAAUGUAUGAAACGCGGGAAUACUGAUUCUAAAGAUUCUCGAAUGCAACAACAGAUUAUAAAAAAUGGAACAGUGGUUGAUGUCGAAUGCCCGCUUCAAGAAGUUGUACAUGUAUGGAAAGAUGAAAAUGGCAAACUUUGGGAAACAACGCUGGGAAAGGCGGAUUUUCAAACUGGAGCGAACUCAUUCUAUAAAUUGCAACUAUUAAAGCAUGAUGUCAAGCAAAACUAUUAUGUGUUCCGUUCAUGGGGACGUGUCGGCACAGACAUUGGUGGCGCAAAAACCGAUAAAUAUCAUGGACAUCUGGAAGAAGCAAAAAUGACUUUUGAAAAAUUGUUCUAUGAGAAGACAGCAAAUAAUUGGAAAGAUGUUGAAAAUUUCAAGAAAGUUCCAGAGAAGAUGUCACUUAUUGAGACUCAUUAUGGAAACUUAAAAGAACUGCAAACAUCUGUUGUGAAACCUGGAUCGUUAUCAAAGCUGCCAGGAUCGAUACAGCAAAUCAUUACAAUGAUUUUUGACGUUAAUGCAAUGAACGAUGUUCUUGAAAGUCUUGAGAUCGAUACAGGUAAAAUGCCUCUCGGAAUACUAUCAAUUCGUCACAUAAAAAAUGCAUAUAAGAUUUUGACAGAGCUGCAAACAUUAAUGGAAGUUGGUAAUGCCAAAUAUGAAGAUUAUUUGGAUGCAACAAAUCGAUUUUUCACUCUUAUUCCACAUAACUUUGGUAUGAACAAACCGCCGCUUCUCAACUCGCAGAAACUCUUAAUUGAUAAGGCGAAACUACUUGACGAUCUUUUGGAGCUUGAAGUCACAUACAGCAUUUUGAAGUCUGAUGAUAGAAGAGAUCGAACGCGAGAUCCUGUGGAUGUUCACUAUGAAAAGUUACAUGCUGAGCUAGAGUUACUGGAUAAGCAGUCGGACGAGUACAGACGCAUACUGCAGUAUGCUGCGAAUACGCAUGCACCUACACACGACCAAUAUAAACUUGAAAUUGUUGAUAUCAUUCGGGUAAAGCGUGAAGGCGAAAGUGAAAGAUUCAAAAAAGAUAUCCCAAAUCAUUAUUUACUUUGGCAUGGUUCACGAAUAACGAAUUAUGCAGGAAUUUUAUCACAGGGAUUACGAGUUGCACCGCCAGAAGCACCUAUGACGGGUUAUAUGUUUGGGAAAGGGAUAUACUUCGCAGAUUUGAUAUCAAAAUCAGCAAACUAUUGUUAUGCAGUUAACACGGAAGGGUUUAUUUUGCUUUGUGAAGUGGCACUUGGGGAAAUGCAGGAAGAAAUCAAUGCGAAAUCAAUCACAAAACCUGAUAAGGGGAAACAUAGUGUUAAAGGCUUAGGACAAACGAUUCCUGAUCCAAAUGAGCACUUUGUGACAGAAGACGGUGUGACAAUUCCUAUGGGGAAACCUAUAGAUACGAAAAGGCAGGAUCUGUCGCUUUUGUACAAUGAGUAUAUUGUUUACGAUGUUGCUCAGGUUGAAAUUAAAUAUUUGGUGCGAGCUAAGUUCAUAUCAUCUCUCUUCUGAAUUUGCAAGAUUACCAACAUUCCAGUGGAAUAUCAAUCGAUCAAGCUCCUACAUUCCUUUCUGUGAAUUUAUUUCCGUCACAUGUGUUUUACAUUUUUAAUGGUG